AGCAAAACCAUUGUCCUGAACUGCAUGUCGCUGCGCAGCCCGUCCUGUGUCUUCCCCUCCCUGGCUCAGCCUCUGGGUCUUCCUGCGGCCACUGGCCGGGAGGGUUUACGGAGCCUGGAGAAGCACCUGAUGGCCCCGGGGCCCAUGGUGUUGCUGGUGCUGGAUGAGCUGGACCAGCUGGAGAGCAAGGGUCAGGAUGUGCUUUACACCCUCUUCGAGUGGCCCCGGCUGCCAUGCUCCAGGCUUGUGCUUGUUGGGCUGGCCAAUGCACUGGACCUGACGGAUCGCAGCCUGGCCAGGACCGGGGUGGCUGGUGACCCUGUGCUGGAUGCUGCCGCGCUCCAGUUCUGCGCCCGUAAGGUCUCUGCGGUAUCUGGUGACGCUCGCAAGGCUCUGGAUGUCUGUAGGUCAGUGCUUGACCCAAAAUCCAGUGGUGACUCCCCGGCAUCCCCUGUCCCCAAGCACGUGGGGCUCCUGCACAUCUCCCGUGUGAUCUCAGAGGUAUUUGGGGACCGGCUGGCACCAGAGGGCCGGGGGACCCCGGACUCCUUCCCUCUGCAGCAGAAGGUGCUGCUCUGCUCCCUGCUGCUGCUUACCCGGCACCUGUGCGUGCAGGAGGUGACGCUGGGGAAGCUCCACGACACCUACAGCCGGGUCUGCCGUCAGCAGCAGCUCCUCGCUGUGGAUCAGGCCGAGUGUCUGUCCCUUGUCACCCUCCUGGAGUCCCGCGGCAUCCUUGACAUGAAGAAGGCCAAGGAGGCUCGGCUGGCCAAGGUCUCCCUGAAGCUGGAUCAAGCAGCGGUGGAACACGCACUGCAUGAUGCGGUGCUGGUGGGCAGCAUCCUGGCCCAGGGCCUGCA